AUGGGUAAUCAGCAAUCCCAGAUGGGAAAUAACUCGGGAGAUGGAAAGGACGAGAAAGAUAAGAAAAAAGAAAAGCCAAAAUAUGAACCACCUCCACAACCCACGACUAGAAUUGGCCGCAAGAAGCGCAAGGCUGCUGGCCCUAAUGCUGCAGCCAAACUUCCCACUAUAUAUCCCACCUCGCGAUGCAAAUUACGAUACCUGCGGAUGCAACGAAUCCAUGACCACCUGCUCCUAGAGGAGGAGUACGUUGAAAACCAAGAGCGUAUCCGCAAGUCCAAAGCUCAGGCUGCAGCACCUUCUACCAGUGAUGAUUUUGACGCCCCAGACCGCAAUGCUGAUGAACGAGGCCGAGUUGAUGAUAUGAGAGGGAGCCCCAUGGGUGUUGGAAACUUGGAAGAGAUGAUUGAUGAUGAUCACGCCAUUAUUUCAAGUGCCACUGGUCCGGAGUACUAUGUCUCUAUCAUGUCAUUUGUGGAUAAAGAUCUACUCGAACCGGGGGCUAGUAUUCUUCUUCACCACAAGUCGGUCUCGGUGGUAGGCGUUCUCACCGAUGAUGCCGACCCUCUGGUUUCUGUAAUGAAGCUCGAUAAAGCUCCCACCGAGUCCUAUGCAGAUAUUGGUGGCCUGGAAUCGCAAAUCCAAGAGGUCCGGGAAGCCGUCGAGUUACCACUGUUACAUCCUGAGCUAUACGAGGAAAUGGGCAUCAAACCCCCGAAGGGUGUUAUUCUCUACGGUGGGCCUGGAACUGGAAAAACACUGCUUGCGAAGGCUGUUGCCAAUCAAACCAGUGCUACCUUCUUACGUAUUGUCGGCAGUGAACUUAUUCAAAAAUAUCUCGGCGACGGUCCUAGACUGGUUCGCCAAAUCUUCCAAGUAGCCGCUGAACAUGCCCCAUCCAUCGUUUUCAUCGAUGAAAUCGAUGCCAUUGGGACUAAACGUUACGAAUCCACUUCUGGUGGUGAGCGUGAAGUCCAACGCACCAUGUUGGAACUCCUUAACCAGCUUGAUGGGUUCGACGAUCGCGGUGAUGUCAAGGUCAUCAUGGCUACCAAUAAAAUUGAGACUUUGGACCCAGCAUUGAUUCGACCUGGUCGCAUUGAUCGCAAGAUUCUCUUCGAAAAUCCAGACCAAAAUACCAAGAAGAAGAUCUUUGCCCUUCAUACUUCCAAGAUGUCUCUAAGUGAAGAUGUCGACUUGGAUGAGUUUAUUGGCCAAAAGGAUGACCUUUCUGGUGCGGAUAUCAAAGCAAUUUGCUCCGAAGCGGGGUUGAUGGCACUACGGGAGCGACGUAUGCGGGUUCAAAUGGCAGAUUUUAGGGCUGCCAGAGAACGUGUCAUGAAAACCAAGAGUGAGAAUGAACCGGAAGGAUUAUAUCUAUAG